AGAAAGGUCCAGGAAAAAAAAAACAGCCUUAAACAGCAAAAACAAGGUACCACGUAUCCUGGAACUGAAUCUAAUAAAAGUUCUGACACCAAUUACCAAUCCCCGCAAUCCGAGUCUGGUUUAGAUCCCAUGAAACAGACCAUUGGCAAUCAAGCCACGAUGAUCCCUGGCGCGCACGUUCUUGAAAGCAACCUCUCUCUUUGUUUAUGUUUAAACUUUCAUUGGUUGUUACAUCAAAAAUAUUUUUAAGAAAUUGGGUUUUUGACUUAUCUGUUAAUUGUACUAUAUUCAACAUGCAAUAAAUAUCUUCUUUGAAUUGGUUAGGAUUUGAAUAUUCUUAUAGUAAGUAAUUCCUGAUGAGUCCCUGGAUGGCCGGAGUCUUUUUGUUUCAACAGGGAAAGUAGGUGUUCCAUAUCUUCCAUCAAAGCUGGAAACGCCUUUUUCCAGGAUUUUAGCGAGUUUCCUUGAUUUUUAUGGUCUUAAAUCGAAGCUAUUCGAGAUCUUCUGUUCCUCUUCGAUUUCAUAGACAUCUUCAAGCCAUGAAAGCAAGAAAGGUUUUUGGUGUUUCUCUUUCUCUCCUUCUUAUCAACUUGGCUGCCAUUAUGGAGCGUGCUGAUGAAAACCUCCUUCCAUCUGUCUACAAAGAAGUUAGUGAAGCUUUCAAUGCUGGGCCAUCUGAUCUUGGCUAUCUCACCUUCAUAAGGAACUCUGCGCAGGGAUUGGCGUCUCCCUUGGCAGGUGUACUCGUAAUUAACUAUUACCGCCCUACAGUUCUUGCUAUAGGCACUUUGUGUUGGGCAUUAUCAACUGCUGCAGUGGGUGGAAGCCAACAAUUUCUGCAGGUUGCAAUUUGGAGAGCAGUUAAUGGCUUUGGACUAGCAAUUGUAAUACCUGCACUUCAGUCUUUUAUUGCUGAUAGUUACGUGGAUGGUGUGAGAGGGGCUGGAUUUGGGCUGCUAAGCCUUGUUGGUACCUUGGGUGGCAUUGGUGGUGGUGUUGUUGCUACGAUAAUGGCUGGUCAGCAGUUCUGGGGCAUGCCUGGAUGGCGUUGUGCCUUCAUUAUGAUGGCAACUUUAAGUUCAUUGAUUGGACUCCUUGUGUUCCUAUUUGUUGUUGAUCCAAGGAAAACUGUUGGUGCCAAUCAUGAUGCUGGCUAUAAUUUAGAUAGGGAUGAGUUAAUAGAAAAGGGGAAUGCUCGUGUCUUGUCUGUUUGGUUCGAGUCAUGGAUGGCCACGAAAGCCGUUAUAAAAGUUCCAACAUUUCAGAUAAUUGUCUUGCAGGGAAUAGUUGGUUCUCUACCAUGGACAGCCAUGGUGUUCUUUACCAUGUGGUUUGAACUAAUUGGUUUUGAUCAUAAUUCCACGGCAGCACUGCUAAGUCUCUUUGCUAUCGGAUGCGCAAUGGGAUCCUUUGUUGGUGGGUUAAUAGCAGAUAGAAUGUCACAGAUUUACCCCCAUUCUGGUCGUAUCAUGUGCGCGCAAUUCAGUGCCUUCAUGGGCAUCCCAUUCUCAUGGUUCCUUCUUAAAGUGAUCCCACAAUCCGUGAGCAGCUAUUACACUUUUGCUGUCACCCUCCUUUUGAUGGGCUUGACCAUCAGUUGGAAUGCUACGGCUGCAAAUGGUCCUAUGUUCGCCGAAGUCGUCCCUGCUAAACACCGGACCAUGAUCUAUGCAUUCGAUCGUGCUUUCGAAGUAUCUUUUUCUUCUUUUGCUGCUCCCUUGGUAGGCAUUCUAUCGGAGAAAAUGUUCGGUUAUGAUUCUAAAUCUAUUGAUCCAAUCAAUGGGUCUCCUCGCGAGGCAUUUGCUUUGUCUAGAGGGCUACUAUCAAUGAUGGCAAUUCCUUUUGGUUUGUGCUGUCUGUUUUACACGCCAUUGUACAAAAUCUUUAGGAGAGACCGUGACAACGCUAGAUUGGCCGCCGUGAAAGAGGAUGAGAUGAUUUGAGUAAAGCGUAAAUGUUACUUUUUUAAGAUUAUGAAUUAAUUUUCCCUGGCUGGAUUUUGCUCACGUUUUAGGACCUAACAAGUAAACUAAUAUGCAGAAUUAAGUAACCUAACAAGAACAUGCAAUAGCAAAAUCAUGACCAAAGUUGUUCAACAAGCAGAUCGGAUAUCUUCGUAUAGCAAACCAAAAAAGGUGUAAGAAACAAAGAAACCAUAUUAAUUAUCACAGAGAGUGAGAGAGAGAGAAAGAGAGAG